CAUCAUGGUUGAUAUUAAAUCUACUUCGAACGCCGUAUGGUGGAUAAAAAAUCCGUCACAACACAAACGUCGCCACGAGUCGUUGGGUAGCAAAUUCAGCAAGGAUAUGACAGAUUUAUUUAGCAAUAUAUCUUUGCAUGCUUACAAUAAAUUUGUCGAUUCGGGAUUAUUUUCAUAUGAGAAAUUCAUUUGGCUGUGUGUCCAUGUCACCAUUCUUUGUUUUAUGUGCGUCGCAUUGACAUACACUUGGGAUCAAUUUGUCCUUCAACAUUUUUCCAUCAAUUUGUAUGACCCAUUGUAUCCAGUGCAGAAUGUUCCGUUUCCGGCUGUAUCAAUCUGUUCGAAUAAUCGCAUUUCACACAAGGCGGCUCUGCAAUAUGCCCAGGAAUUAUCCAAGGUGGAUCCUUAUAAUCGUUCGGUGGAUUUUUUCAUGAAACGCAUCGCCUACUUUAAUAGUUUUUAUUUUAGACACGACAAAUUGGAGAGUCAUUUGGAUUACAGAGAAUUUCAGAAAUUUCUGGAUCACUAUGGAACGGACGACAAUGAAACAUUUUAUAAUAUGCUGAAGAUAAUGCAAAGGCUUACACCGAAAUGUGAAGAUUUCAUAUUGGCCUGUAUGUUGGGCGCCAAAAGAGUUAAUUGCUUUGAAGAGCAGACAUUUCAGACCCAAUUGACACAGUAUGGACCUUGUUGCAUGUUCAACUCAAAUGAUAGUUACAGAAAACGUACAUAUCGCACACGAUUCUCCGGCUCUGGCAUGGGCCUGAUUGUCGUCUUGAACACAAGCCAUGCUGAUGAUAUGGCCAGUCUAUUGAAUAUGGAUGGCUAUGCUGUUAUUGUACACUCACCAAAUCGAUUUCCGGAAAUAUCUUCGGGUAGUAGUUUGGAAGUAUUCCCCAUUAUCAACGAAGAGACUUUUAUUGGUUUGAAGGCACGUGUUUUGGAUAGUAGUGAUGAUUUGAGAUCAUUUGCGGCAUCGCAUCGCAAAUGUUAUUUCGAUGAUGAAGUGCCGCUGAAUUAUAAUAAUAAAUAUUCAAUGCAAAAUUGCAUUACACGUUGCCGAGCGCGUAGCAUAAUGGCUCUAUGUAAUUGUAUACCAUUCUAUACGCCAUUGUCGUUAGUGGAUGAUAUGAAUGGGGUGCCAUUUUGUACCCUGGGUAAUAUUGAGUGUAUGCAGCAGUAUAAAUUCAAAUGGCGUAAUGUCCUCACCGAACUCACCAACAUCAAUGGGUUAGAACGUGAACGAGAGGAAGCCCUUUAUUGCCUCGAAUGUUUACCCUCAUGUCAGGAUAUACGUUAUAGUGUAUCGGCAAUGGCAUUACCCGUUGAUGGUUAUUCAUUUCAAAAAGGGAUUAUUGACGGUAACUUCCAAACAAAUUAUUCGGAUCUCUCAGUGUUGCGGGUGUUUUUCGAUGAAGCAACAUCGCCAUAUUAUAUGCGGGUCAGCACAAAUUCGUGGGUGGAAUCAUCGAGUACAGUGGGCAACAUUGUAUCGAUCUGCAUGGGUUUUUCGAUGGUGGCAAUAUUGGAAAUAUUUUAUUUCAUUGUUAAGUAUUUGAUUAUAGCUUUUAAGAAGUACAUUUCACAAACUACAAAACCAAAGAAAUGGAAGCGGGCUUCACGUUUAUUCAAGCCGAAUGAGCCACUAUAUAUUUGUCCUUAA